AUGGGGAACCGCAGCGCCGCGGACGCGGGCGGGCUGGCGGCCGGGCGCGCGCCGGGGGCGGCUGCGGGGCUGGGGGCCGGGGGCGCGGCGGCGCUGGCGGGGGGCGUGCUGCUCAUCGGCGCGGUGCUGGCGGGGAACUCGCUGGUGUGCGCGAGCGUGGCGGCCGAGCGCGCCCUGCAGACGCCCACCAACUACUUCAUCGUGAGCCUGGCGGCCGCCGACCUCCUGCUCGCCCUGCUGGUGCUGCCGCUCUUCGUCUACUCCGAGGUGCAGGGCGGCGUGUGGCUGCUGAGCCCCCGCCUGUGCGACGCGCUUAUGGCCAUGGACGUCAUGCUGUGCACCGCCUCCAUCUUCAACCUGUGCGCCAUCAGCGUGGACAGGUUCGUGGCCGUGGCCGUGCCGCUGCACUACAACCGCCAGGGCGGGGGCCGCCGCCCGCUGCUGCUCAUCGGCGCCACGUGGCUGCUGUCGGCCGCGGUGGCCGCGCCAGUGCUGUGCGGCCUGAACGACGUGAGAGGCCGCGACCCCGCCGUGUGCCGCCUGGAGGACAGCGACUACGUGGUCUACUCGUCCGUGUGCUCCUUCUUCCUGCCCUGCCCGCUCAUGCUGCUGCUGUACUGGGCCACGUUCCGCGGCCUGCGGCGCUGGGAGGAGGCCCGGCGCGCCAAGCUGCACGGCCGCGAGCCCCGCAGGCCCAGCGGCCCCGGCCCGCCGGCGCCCGGCCUCCCCGAGGGCCCGGACUGCGCGCCCCCGGACGCCGCCGCCGCCGCCGCCGCCCCCGAGCCGCCACCGCCGCCGCCGCCGCCGCCGCCCGAGCCGCAGGCGCGCAAGAGGAGGCGCGCCAAGAUCCCGGGCCGCGAGCGCAAGGCCAUGCGGGUCCUGCCGGUGGUCGUCGGGGCCUUCCUCGUGUGCUGGACGCCCUUCUUCGUGGUGCACAUCACGCGCGCGCUGUGUCCCGCCUGCGCCGUGCCCCCGCGGCUGGUCAGCGCCGUCACCUGGCUGGGCUACGUCAACAGCGCGCUCAACCCGCUCAUCUACACCGUCUUCAACGCCGAGUUCCGCCGCGUCUUCCGCAGGGCCCUGCGCCAGUGUCGCUGA